AUGACUGCUGAAGUGGAUACUAUGAUGCCUGAAGUUCCUGACACCAGUGAAUACGAAAAACCGGGAUUUUUAAAUGACAAACCUUCAGAAAUUAAAAUCAUAAAAAGAAAGUUAAAUGGUUUUGUCGGUUUCGCCAAUUUACCAAAGCAAUGGCACAGAAAAUCCAUAAGAAGAGGUUUCAAUUUAAACUUAUUGGUUGUUGGUGAAAGUGGUUUGGGGAAGUCAACUUUGAUUAACACCUUAUUCAAUAAAGAAAUUUUGGUCUCAAAUGAUGAUUUAACAAAUGAUGAAGAUACUAGCAGUGAGGAUCAGGUCAAAAUUGAAACAACCUCUUCAGAAAUUGAAGAAGAUGGAGUCAAGUUGAAAUUGGAAAUUAUCACCACCCCAGGUUUUGGUGAAUUGACCAACAAUACCGAUUCAUGGAAACCAAUCAUCGAUGAAGUUAACAGUAGAUUCGAUCAAUAUUUGGAAGCUGAAAGCAGAGUUAACAGAUCAACCAUCGAUGACAAAAGAAUCCACGCUUUGUUGUAUUUCAUUGAACCAACUGGUCAUUCUUUGAAAGCUUUAGAUAUUCAAUUUAUGAAACAAAUCCAUGAAAAAGUUAACUUGAUUCCUGUUAUCGCCAAAAGUGAUACUUUAUCUGAUGAGGAAAUUGUUGAUUUCAAAACCAAAAUCUUGAACGACAUCAAAUUUCAUGACAUCAAAUUUUUCAAGCCUUUUGAAUAUGAAAAUGAUGAAGAAGAAAUUUUAGUUAACAACAAAAAAAUCAUGGAUAAAUUACCAUUCGCUGUUAUUGGUUCAAUGAAAGAAGUCAAAACUCCUGAUGGAAGAUUAGUUAGAGGAAGAAGUUAUCCAUGGGGUACAAUCGAAGUUGAUAAUGAAGAACACAAUGAUUUCAUCAAAUUGAGACAGUUGUUGAUUAGAAACUUCUUGGAAGAAUUGAAAGAGAAUACUUCUAAUUACUUAUACGAAAAGUAUAGAACUGAAAAAUUAGCAAAAAUGGGUAUCGAACAAGAUCACUCAGUCUUCAGAGAAUUCGAUCCAGUUGCAAGACAAGAAGAAGAAAGAGCAUUACACGAAGCCAAAUUAUCCAAGAUGGAAUCAGAAAUGAAAGCAGUUUUCCAACAAAAGGUUAGUGAAAAGGAAAAGAAAUUACAAAGGAGUGAAGCUGACUUGUUCUCAAGACAUAAAGAAAUGAAGGAUAAGUUAACUAAACAAAUUAAAUUGUUAGAAGAUAAGAAGAUCCAAUUGGAGAAACAAAAGUCAUUGCCUCAAGAUCCUCCCUCCACCCAAGCAGCUCCUCAAAAAGCUAGAAAAGGGUUCUUACGUUAA